AUGCUGGCGUUUCACGACGCACUGGUGGGCAUGGAACCAGAACGAUCAAACCUUGUUUUUGGUGAAGAGGCAUGGCUAAAUUUCUUUCCGGUGAUAGAUGAUCCCGACCAUGGCUCGCGUGUUUCCAUUCAUUUCAAAACUAGGGAACAAAACGCCAUAAUAGUUCUUGCAGAGACUUCAGAGGCCGGAGAAGAGAUUUUAACUGUUUGCUUACUUAACGGGUCUAUUCGAUUUCUUCUACGGUCUCCAGGACUGCAAAAAAAUGCCAUUGUCCAAAAGUCCCAAGCUUGCAAAUCUCCUUACAGCACAUGUUCUGACGGCGCCUGGCACCACUUAUCAUUUUUAUACAAUCCUCUUCGGAUUUUCUACCAGAGUCGAGAGGGUCUCAUUGACCUCAUCGAUCUGAUCAAGGAGAACUCCACUGAGCAAAAAGAGGCGAUUGGAGUUGGUGAAAUAAGUUACAGGGCUGUGGCAUUUCAGGCUUGCGCAGUGGCACGCAAAGCCAAACGCGACGCCAGAUCUGAUGAUUCGGAGAUUACCUUUAUGCGCCCUGGUGGUUACCUGCGCUCCCAACAGGGAUGGCGGACAGUGUCUGCUGGAAUUGUCACCUUUAAAAUCCGUACACUGAAAAUGAAUUGUCUUCUUUUAUUCUCAUCUUCCGGGUGGCCUAAGUCUGAAAAGAAAGAUAUAUUUCCGAGAACCGGACCAAUUAAUCCUGUCAACCCUGUUGACAGACUUACUGGAACAGAUAUUUUUUCUGCUGAAUUGCGGGAGGGGUACUUAGUAUUUCUACUCAACACAGGGUCUGGAAUAAACGAAUUCGCAACGGAACGUAUUUGGCGAGGACAUCAAGACAGAAGCGAAUGGUUUGUCGCGGAUGGCGCUUCUCACCAUGUAGAAAUUCAACUAAUCAACGGUUCGCUUUCCGUGACCAUGGAUGGUCGCACUCACAAUAUGCGUCCAAAAACAAAGCCAAAGUACGAAGAAAUGCGAGACGAGACACCGCCCCAAGCGUGGUCGGCUCGACUUCGUGAGGAUUUUGUGGGGUGCCUGAGUGCACUCUCGAUCGACGGAGAGAGUCUAGACCUCGCAUUGGAGGCAACUGCACAUUGGGCUAAGGGCUACGUUCGGCUGGGCGAAAUCGACUUAAAGGGACUCGGCGACAUGUGCACGGCACAAGAAAAUCCCUGCAGUCCUGGCACAUGCAUGCAGGGUUCGUGGUCUGAACCACUGUGUGAUUGCACCCAAACAAACUUCGUAGGAAGUCGGUGUAAAGAGGGUAUGAAAAUCGUUUUUAUUUUUUAUCACGGAAUACGUUUAUGCACGAUGGGGAAACAAGGAAACACUACCAUUAAAAGGGCAAAAUUUAAUACCAGUGUAUUUGUAAUUUCUUAA